AUGUCUUCGAGCGCUUCCACGAAUAGCGGUGUCACGCCUGCGAAUGAUGGAGGUCAAGAAAAGCAGAAGAUGCUUCUUUCUUCGGAAACUGGCCAUUUCAGCAUGAUCAAGGCUUUACAUCUUGCGGACUUGGUGACUGAACUCAACGUGAUGUCAGUCCUCUCAUCCAUGCGGUACUGUCUAGGAGAUCCUCAUGAAUAUGGUGCCAUAUAUGCCGCCCUUUCUUUUAUGCCUUUUGGGCUGUUUUUCGAUUUCAUGGACGGAAAGAUUGCACGGUGGCGAAGGAAGUCCUCUCUAAUGGGACAAGAACUUGACUCUCUGGCGGACCUGAUAUCAUUCGGCAUGGCACCAGCUGCUGCAGCAUUCGCGCUCGGAAUCCGCACCCCCUUUGACCACCUAAUGCUUUCGUUCUUUGUUCUCUGCGGUCUGACCCGUUUGGCUCGGUUUAACGUGACCGUCGCUGUAUUGCCGAAGGACAAGUCUGGCAAGUCGAAGUAUUUUGAAGGCACACCGAUUCCCACGACGUUGUCUAUUGCUUCCCUGAUGGCUUAUUGGGUUUCCCAGGGAUGGAUUCAGGAGGACCUGCCACUAGGGCUUGUCGCACAAGGCAGUAUCUUUGAAUUUCACCCUGUGACACUAUUAUUUGUUUUGCACGGCUGUCUUAUGGUCAGUAAAACCAUACAUAUCCCCAAGCCCUGA